AUGUUCGUCGAUACGUCGGCGUGGAGAUUCCCGCAGGUUGGAUUAGCAGAUCCACAAUUUCAUGUCCCAGGAAGGAUUGACCUCGUCAUCGGAAGUGAAGCCUUCUGGGAACUUCACACCGGUAGGAAGAUCUCGCUUGGUAACAGUCUUCCGUGGGUAGUUGAAACGCCCUUCGGAUGGGCGGUCGCUGGUUCCGCGUCCAACGGAUCUCCUGGAAAUCCCCGGAUCUGCAAUCUCUUCAUUACCAAUGAAGAUUUGGAAGCCGCACUUCAUAAGUCUCGGGAGUUAGAAGCGAUUUCCACUGGUCCUACACACUCACCCGAAGAAACUCGCUGUGAAGAAUUGUACUCCAGUACAGUCAAGCGUGAUUCGACUGGAAGGAAUCGCUUCAUGGACGAGUACCUACAGCUCGGUCACAUGAGAAGGCUUGACGAGCCUGUAGAUGACGUGAAGGCUCACUGUUAUCUCCCACAUCAUCCCGUUUUCGAAGAGUCGAGUACCACGACGAAGGUUAGGGUCGUUUUCGACGCGUUCUUCGAGACGGCGUCAGAAUAUUCGCUGAACGACACGUUUUUGGUCGGACCCGUAGUUCAGCAAGAUCUACUCUCCAUCGUGAUGAUAUUUCGAACACAUCACAUCGCUCUGGUUUGCGGACAUCGAGAAGAUGUACCGGCAAGUAUUCCUGCAUCCUGA